CUAGCUUCUUAUGACUUUGGGACUUCAUCUAGUGGAAUAUCAUACUUCUCAUACCCCAGUUCACUCGAAUUUAAAUGAAAAACGGCACGAUUCUCAAGCUUCUAGUGCUCAUAAUCUUCAUCUGGGCAGUUAUGCGCCGCAAUGCUGCCCCUAAAGUCCCUAUCGAGCCUGAGCGCGUGGCUGCCAUCAUGUUAUCUUGGCAAUCUCUCGAGGUAAUCUCUCUGAAGAAGUUACAAACACUAUGGGCUGGCUACGGGUACAUCUACGAGCUUAAGGCUCGAGCUACCGGCGGUAAUGAUAGGAAGAAAGCGGAAUCACUUUCUCUAAUACUUAAAUUCAUUGCGCCGCCGCAGACGCGCCUGGAUUCCGCGGAUGAAGGCCAUCUGCGAAAACUCAUGAGCUAUGAGGUCGAACAAUACUUCUACGACUCUGUGGCACCACUUUUGGGUGAUGAGACAUCUGUGGCCCAUUGUGUUGCUACUACGCGGGACGCAAGCGAGAAACCUGGUGCUGAGCUUCUCGGAGGUGUGACUGCGACGAUAAUGUCUGAUCUAAGACCCCUUUUCCCCGUUGCUGGAGAAAAGCGAUCAGAACUCAAUGAAAAGCAGAUAUUUGCUGCAUUAGAUUGGCUAUCUGGCUUCCACAGCACGAGUCGGAAGUUGGUACCUGAUACAUUUGAAGAAUUCUUACUUCCACCACUCGAAGAAGCUAAGAGAAGAAAUAAGAACGCUCUUGGCAAAUUGUGGCUUAAUGGGGGCUACACCUAUCUUGCUACACGGCGAAAAGAGUACGCAUCGCUUGCAGAAGAUGAGGACUCGGAGUGGUCUAGUGCUCUCACCAAAUCCACCACACCCGGAGGUCAAUCGAUCUCGGAGUUGGUAGCAGACUUUCUGACUCCUCGUGGCCGAGAGUAUGAGACAUUCAUCCAUGGAGAUGUAAAAUCUGAGAAUUUAUUUACUACCGCCUCCGGUGACAAAGUUGCGUUUUACGACUUCCAAUACGUCGGUCUCGGGCUCGGUACUUGUGAUCUGGCCAAGUUAUUCACAUGCUCGGUGCCUCUCCGUUUACUCAUAGACGAUGGACGGGAUAUUCCAAAUGAGCUUUCGAUGGACGAGGGAGAGAAAAAGCUCUUGGAAUAUUAUUACUCCAAACUGGUUAGCGACUUCAAAGAUUCUCGAGGACGCACCCAGAAAUAUGAUUGGGACGUCUUUGUUCGGCAUUGGGAGACUGCGUUAGUGGACUGGCUGAGAUUUCAGGCUUCUUGGGGGUUUUGGGGUAACACAGAAUGGCUUGAGGCCAGGGUUCGUUCGAUUUUGAAAGACCAACAGUGGAGAGACUGGCUUCAGGAGAAUCAUGGGUCAGGUUAGGUACCUAGUUAAAUGCUAACUAGAGUUAGAGAUCUGCGAUGAAUAAGUCGUGAGAAUGAUACUUCGCACAUGAAAUAUUGUAAUCAAAUACCGAAUUGGGGUCGGACUAGGUGUGUAUGAGGAGAGUUCGGCAAUGCUACCCCCCAGGAAAUAUAUCUUGCUUCUCCAAUCAUCUUCGGAUAAAUGCUGCCGAUAUGGGGUUCAAUGUCCCCCCUUUAGAUCAUGGAUAUCGAAGAUUCGUGUGGGGUUGCCUUAUAUCAAGCAGCAUCC